AUGGCCUCCGGCUCUUCGAGCUCCCGCAAAUCGUUGCCCGCACCUGAUGGCGUCUCUCUGCUGCUCUCCCACUUGGUGCCUGACGGUGGCGGUGGCGAGAAGACGAGGGUGGCCGAGGACAAGACCCAGAGCGCCCGGACCUCCUCCCUGCUGGCCCCCUUGUCGCAGGGCGGCUACAUUGACAUUGUCACCAUCACGCAUGCCGAGCGGAUGGAUACGGUAGGUGUUCCCGCCUGGCUCCGACUGGCCUACCGCGGCGGCGGCGAGCUGUACACCCCGUGGGACCUGAACAUGCCCGCGUCGAUUCCGAGGCGCCCGGUGGCCCACUAUCGCGGUGAUCCGCCGAUCACCGUCCACGGCGCCACCACCGCCGGGUUGCUGGGAUGCGGGCUGAGAAAGUCUGACAUUACGCCCACCAUGCUGCGCUGCGUGGAGACGGCUGCCGGGCUGCUGACGCGGAUGGACGCCUCGUUCCUGUCGAUCCGCAUCGAGCCAUCGUUGGCCGACUGGGCCGUCGCCCAUGAUCACGGAAAUUAUUGGCUCACACCGAGACAGCUGAGCUACCUGGGCUUCCCGAUCGACCUGUCCUACCACCCUCUCCUCCCCGUCGCCAAGUUCCCAACCGAAGAGAAUCCGCAGCAAUACCUCGAACGGCUCGGCGCCUUCUAUUUGCAUGCCCGCCAGACGGCCCCCGAUCAGUCGAUCGUGGUGGUGGGGAACCCGGGUGCGAUCAUCUACUCGCGUGGCCAGGGCCCGCGCGUCGCCGAGAAGCUGUGGAAGCUGUGCGAAGCCGUCGAGCCCCUCUCCGUCCACGCCAUCCGUGUCGGCAACAACAAAGUGCUCGAAGGCCAGCUGAGGCUGCUCCCGUUGACGCCCACCGUCUUCAAGGCGCGCGAGGUCGAGCGCCUCGCCAAGAAGGCCAAGGAU